AGACGCAGUCAACAUCUCUGCAAGAAUGUCGAGUAAGGCUUGACACCCAGGGUUAAACUGAAGGCUUCCCCAGAAAAGGACCUAUUCCUGCAACCUCCAAUUCCUUCAGCUCUCACCUGGAGGAAUCGACCUUUCACCAUCCCCUUCCGUUUCUUCUUUCUUUCUCUCUUGUGUAUGCAGGAAGUCCUGGAUAAGAUCUGCCGCCUGGCCUCUCCUCCCUCCCUCGGAGCAAGCCAGGUUGUGCACCGCCUACAAGUUGUGGCCCGGAAGAACUUGGAAAUGGUCACGUACCGCCUGUUAGAGCUCCCAUGGAGCACCUGCGGCGAGCUGCUCUGGGACAUCAUCACCUCGCCGUACUGCAGCGGGGAUGCGGUCCUGUUCCUGCUCCUGGCCAAGGAGAAGGAGGGCCCUUGGCCUCCUCAAGGAGAGGAACAGACCACCCAUCCUCUUCCCGCAGCUACGGCCAGAGCGAUGAGGCUCAUCAGGAGGAUCGUCCGGUCCGAGGAGUGCCCCGUGAUGCUGGAGGCUUGGUUCCCCGAAGUUCUGCUCUGCCUGGUGGAUACCAUCAUCACAGGCACCAGGCAGCAGAAUACAUCAGGCCAAGGAGGGGACCAUCUGCCUCUGGAGGAGACGGUUGACACCAUCCAGGUGCUGCUAGCCAGGGUGGCACACCUGACCCUGGAAGAGAGCUGCAGGGAGAUGUUGUGCCGCCCCAGCUGCUGCCUCCAGGGCGUGGCCAUGUUGGUGACGGCCCUCACGGAGACCUCCCCCUCUGCCACGUGCAGCCUCCAGAGACAUCUGAGUUCUGUCCUGGAGAAGGAAGAGGCAAAGGAGCAUUCAGCUGCAGUGGUGGCCUUCUUUGUUGAGCUGCUGGCUAAUUACAAGAGCCAAGCCCCCAUGGAGAAGACCUGGAAACUGCUAAUGGCUUGGAUGGAACACCGCAGCCAGACUAUGAUGAGCCCCGAGGAGCUCUGCCAUGCCAUCCUCGGUGGGCUCAGCAGUGACAGCUCCGCCAUCACCUUGGAGUUCUUGGGCUUGGCGGAGCAGCUCGGCCUCCAGACAGAAGGGGAAGUCUGGACACCCCUGAAUGCCUCCUUGGCUGCCCAGUACCACUCACUCUUCCACCACGAGGCGGUAACCAUCCGAAGGGCAGCCUUGAAACACAUCUGGCCUCUUCUGCAGCACCGGAAAGAUCUUGAGGGGAUAGCAGCCAUCCACACCCUCAUUGCGGUGCUGAUGCACGUGGAGGAUGUUGAGGAGGAGGUGGCGAAGGCAGCAAAGCUUACCCUGCGGCACCUGGCACAGGCCCUCCAUUGGCACCUUGGGGGCACCCUCCUGGCGGGGGGGACUUACAGCCUGCAGGAGCUACUUCAUAAGAUCACCAAGCGCCUGAUUCGGUUCCCCAUCCCGGAGUCGCAGUUGGAGAUGGAAGUGUUUACCUGCCUUUGGUACUUCAAGAGCAAGCAGGCUUCAGUGAGGAGAACGGCUGCGAUGUUCAUUGGGAUAGCCACGUUCCAGCCAGAAAGGCACGGCCCGCUGCAGCCUUUCAUGGAGUCACUCGCCUGUUUGGGCCAUGGACCUUCCUUUAGCCCAGGCCAGGCGUGA